AUGACUUCGCUGCGGGAACGAUCUAAGAUGUUGAGUGUGACGGUGGAGGCAAUUAGAACCAUCGAGAGCUUUGUGGAGGACUACGAUGCCGAGAUUGAUCAAGACAAAAUCGAAUCUAGAUUAAAGAGACUGGAUAUACUAUAUGAUCGCUUUGUUGAUACAUCCAUCGCAGUGGAGUUGUUAAUGGAGGAUAAAUCCGAAACUAAAGCUAUUCUAGUGAAAGAUCGUAACGAAAUGGAAGAACGAUAUUAUACAUUACAUGAUUUCCUAACAACACACAAACCGAAUCAUCAUGUUUCGGCUAAUUCCCCUCAGAUUUCCACAUCUGUUGUACGUUUACCGAAAAUUGAUUUGCCGAGUUUUGAUGGUGAGAUUGACAAUUGGAUUCCUUUUUAUGACGCAUAUCGUAGUUUAAUUCAUAACAACAAAAAUUUAGCUGCUGUGGAUAAGUUCCAUUACCUGAUGGCCGCACUCAAAUAUCCUGUUAAAAAACUACUCGAUACAACUAACAUAACGGGCGAUAAUUAUAAAAUCGCUUGGGAUCUGCUUGUAAGUCGGUAUGAUAAUAAACGUUUGCUUAUUAAAAAUCACAUUGCGUCAUUGUUCGCCAUUGAUCCUGUGAGGAAGGAAUCUUCAAAUGCGAUAUUAGCCCUGGUUGACCAAUUUGAACGUCACGUAAGAAUUCUAUCGACGUUGGGGGAGCAAACUGAACGAUGGAGCUCUCUGCUGGUACACAUGGUGUGUAGUCGAUUGAAUCAUAACACUUUGAGGGAAUGGGAGCGGUCAACAGCCUGCGAUAAGGAGAAGAUUCCUACCUACAAUGAAUUGAUUACAUUUUUGAAAGAUCAAGCUGGGAUCUUAAUAUCCUUGAAUAGUGGUAGUCCAGCAAUAUUAUCACCAAAAGAAAAAUCUCGUUUGUCUGUCGCCCAUGCUGCAGCUGUGUCCAAAUCGUUUUCACCUAAGUCUUGUAUCGUAUGCAACCAAUCACAUCGCAUUUAUGAUUGCGAAGUCUUUAAACGAAUGCCACUUGAGCAGAAGCAAGAUGUCGUCCGCAAGAAAAAGCUUUGUUGGAAUUGUGUAUCUAUGAAACACCUUAGUCGUGAUUUCUCAUCUCAAUCCUGUAGAAAAUGCAACGAAAAACAUCAUUCUCUAUUACAUCCACUCUCCCCCAACGAUCGAUCCACCUACACCAAUAUAAAUUCAUCACCUGUGAACAUACGAACCACCAACGCCACCGCCGGUAGUGAACCUGUUCCUUCGGCACAGUUAUCCACUCCCACACUAUCCACAUCAACCACCACGUCCGCCACCCGACAGCCACUCACCAAUGCUUUAGCUGCAGCGCAGUCAUCGAAUACCACCUACUCAACUGUUUUGUUAUCCACCGCCGUGGUGAGGGUCCACGGUCCAUCUGGGAAAUCCACCUUCGUCCGAACUUUACUGGACUCAUGCUCCGAGUCAAAUUUUAUCACCGAAAGAAUCGUUCAACUUUUGAGCUUGAACCGUCAAAAGCAAACAACGGUCAUCGCAGGCAUGGGUGGCGCUACAGUCAACAGCACACAUUGCACCGUCGCCACUUUCAGUUCCAUCGACACCACGUAUUCACACACACUGACUUUCAGUAUCCUCCCAAGGAUCACUAACGAUUUACCAGCUCGACCGAUUGACAUUUCACACUGGAAACUUCCUUCCGAGGUGACCUUAGCUGAUCCUGAUUUUGCAAAACCGCAGAAGAUAGACAUGGUAAUUGUUGCUCAACUUUUCUUCAGCCUUCUGGUGGAAGGUCAAAUUCAAGUGGACCCCAUGUCUCCUGAAAGCCAGCCUGUUCUCCAACGUACCUUACUUGGAUGGAUAGUUAGUGGUCCUGUGUCCACCGGUACAGCCUUUCGAGACUCUGGAAGAGUCGCUAUGCUUUGUACUACCGAUGAUUUAGAUCAACAACUGACUCGAUUUUGGGAAGUCGAGAAUUGUCCGCGGAACCGUGGGCUUUCGAAAAAAGAAUUAUGUUGUGAAGAUCAUUUUUCUAAAACAACCAUCAGAGAUAAAUCAGGCAGAUUUGUUGUGCGCCUCCUCAAGAAGGAAAACAUGUUGAGUCAAGUUGGCGAUUCCCAGAUCAGUGCUUUUCGUCGAUUUCAGUGGAUGCAACGUCGAUUUAUCAAGAGCCGAGAAUUAAAGGAGCAAUAUUCUGAUUUUAUGACAGAAUACAUUGCUCUCGACCAUAUGGCUCCAGUGAUUACAUCCGAAGAUACCAAAAAUUCCAACACGUAUUAUCUCCCUCAUCACUCCGUGCUCAAGCCAAGCAGCACCACCACAAAAUGUAGAGUGGUUUUCGAUGGAUCUAGCAAAUCCUCAACGGGAAUUUUGCUCAACGAGUGCCUCAUGGUGGGGCCGACCGUUCAGGAUUCAUUAUAUGCCAUCGUCAUACGGUUUCGUAUGUACGAGAUUGCACUCGUUGCAGAUAUAACAAAAAUGUAUCGCCGAAUAUGGGUACAUCCCGAUGACAGAAGUCUUCAGCGUGUUUAUUGGCAAAGCAAAACUGAUCCAGACGUCCGUACAUAUGAGUUGACUACGGAGACAUACGGCACUGCAUGUGCUCCGAAUUUAGCUAUCCGAUGUCUUCAGCAACUUUCUCACGAUCAUCUGAGGAACGAAGAUGAUGCUGCUGAAAGAAUUGGAAAAGACUUCUACGUGGACGAUUUUCUCAGCGGUGCUGACAAUGAAGACGAAGCAGUACAAUUGUACUUUGAUGUUAAAAGCAUCCUCGCGUCGGCAGGAUUCGAGCUCAGAAAGUGGAAUUCGAAUUCAUCAGAAGUAUUAUCAAACAUCCCAGCAAAUUUGAAAGAUGAUAGAUCGAUUGUAACAGUUGACGAUGUACAAGGAUCCGUUAGCACGCUAGGUCUGCUUUGGCAUCCGGAAUCAGAUACGUUCAGAUUCAAAGUUCCAGAAUGCUUCAUUAAUGCUCCAAUCACGAAACGAAUCGUGGUCUCCGAGAUGUCCAAACUUUUUGAUCCUCUGGGAAUCCUGGGACCAAUUGUCAUCACAGCCAAAGUAUUUGUCCAGUUACUUUGGAAAUCGAAACUGGGCUGGGAUGAAGUGCUCCCCAGCUCGCUUUGCAACGUGUGGGAAAAUUAUAGACGAGGUUUGAAUACGCUCGAAUCAUUCUCUAUUCCACGCUUAGUGAAAGCUCCAGGUUCUGGAAAAACUAUUCAGCUUCAUGGGUUCUGCGAUGCAUCCAAAAAUACAUAUGGUGCAUGCAUUUAUGUCAGAAGUGUAGGCACGAAUGGUAUCACCACAACUCGUCUAUUAACAGCGAAGUCAAUAGUAGCUCCUAUCCAGACCCUAUCAAUCCCUAGGUUAGAGCUCUGCUCUGCUUUUCUCCUUAGUCAUUUACACGAAAACGUUAUGCUAAAUCUCAAUAUGAAUAUUAAUUCCUUCUUCUGGUCUGACUCGUCGAUCACCCUGCAUUGGCUGCAAAAUCCACCAUCGCACUACAACACCUUCGUGACAAACCGUGUCGCGGAGGUACAGCGACUAACAGAAGGAGGUAUUUGGAGCCACGUCGCCGGGUUGGAGAAUCCGGCUGAUCUCAUCUCCAGGGGCUGCGAUCCCUGCGAACUUAUCAACAAUGCCCUGUGGUGGAAAGGUCCACCAUGGCUAUCGUCUGACCGUUCAGAAUGGCCAAGCAUGUUUGUUGUUCCGGAUGUAAAGCAAUUUCCACCAGAAGUCGUUGAAGCGACGCUCUGUUCGCUUGCAGCGGUUACCAGAUCAUCAGGCGUCACUGAUUGCACGCUGUUCACACGCUAUUCGUCACUGUCUAGACUCACCCGCAUCGUCGCAUACUGUCGCCGGUUCGUGCAUCACUGUCGGAUCAAGUCUGCUGGAUCCGAUUUGCAACUCAUUCCGCAUUUAAUCUCAGAUGAACUCCGCCAAGCGUUAAUAAGCCUCGUAAAAGUGGUACAAGAAGAACACUUCAGCAACGAAAUCAUCAUUCUCCAAGCCAAAGAUGAUGCACAACUCAGCAAGUCACCAUUAGGUACAUUGAAUCCGUUCAUCCACGAUGGUCUACUCCUGGUCGGUGGCCGGCUCAAUCAUUCUUCCUAUGCAUUCACCCGCAAACAUCCGAUGAUCCUACCUGCAGGUCACCCAUUCACCUCUCUACUCAUCGAUUCAGUGCACGUGCAACUCCUCCACGCUGGCCCUCGUGCAAUGAUUGCACACAUCCGUGAAAGAUUUUGGCCAUUGAACCUCCGUAACCUGGCACGGAGGCACGUAAGAUCCUGUGUACGCUGCUAUCGCACUCGUCCUCGAGCAGAACACCAGCUGAUGGGUCAGCUACCGAAGGUGCGCAUCACUCCUGCUCGUGCGAGAAUUGACUUUUGUGGACCCGUCUGGCUGAAGAUCCCGUUACGUCGAAUGAAAUCUGCUCCACCAAUCCGAGCGUACGUUGCAGUAUUUGUAUGCAUGGCCACGAAGGCCGCACACCUUGAAUUAGUAGGCGAUCUUAGCGCCGAAACGUUUAUUGCAGCAUUGAAACGCUUCGUUUCCCGCAGGGCUAAACCAAUCGCCCUGUUUUGUGACAACGCAACCAACUUUAAGGGCGCAGACAAGGAGCUACGGAAUCUCUGCAAACAACUUAACGAUCAGCAACUGCAAAUGAAAGUAGCGUCCUUCUGUGCUGACUCAUCGAUACAAUUCAGCUUCAUUCCCGCUAGAGCACCCACGUUUGGCGGCCUAUGGGAGGCCGCUGUCAAGGCAUUCAAACACCAUUUCCGGAGAGUUAUUGGCAUUGAUUCGUUAUCAGCAGAAGUUAUGCAAACCAUUCUGUGUCAGAUUGAGAGCUGUCUUAACUCACGCCCACUGACUGCGCUUUCUGAGGACCCAAGCGACAUGGAAAUCCUCACACCGGGACAUUUUCUGGUCGGAUCAGCCCUCCAAUCAAUCCCGGAGCCCGACCUAGCCCAAAUUCCCGAGAACCGGCUUUCGCUGUGGCAGGAGAUGCAACGACGAACUCUAUCCUUCUGGAAAUUGUGGUCAACGGACUACAUUACCCAGCUACAGCAACGGACGAAGCACUACUAUCGACAGCCGAAUGUUCUGGUCGGCAAACUGGUACUCCUGAAGGACGACAACUUACCCCCACUCAGAUGGAGUGUGGGCCGAAUCACAGCAGUCCAUCCCGGCGCGGAUGGCCUCGUCCGUGUGGUUACCAUCAAACUGGCAUCCGGCGCAGUCUUCGAUCAGCCGAUCGUGAAGAUCUGCCUUCUACCAAUAGAUGACGAGAUGAAGUCUACUCCCACUUCUGGUGAAGUGACUGGACCUCCUGAUGAAGACGCAGCACCCGCUGCUAACCCAAAAUAA